AUGCUCAUCAUCGACGAAGCACCACAUGAAUCUAUGCUUAUCAUCGACGAAGCACCACAUGAAUCUAUGCUUAUCAUCGACGAAGCACCACAUGAAUCUAUGCUUAUCAUCGACGAAGCACCACAUGAGUCUAUGCUUAUCAUCGACGAAGCACCACAUGAGUCUAUGCUUAUCAUCAACGAAGCACCACAUGAAUCUAUGCUUAUCAUCGACGAAGCACCACAUGAGUCUAUGCUUAUCAUCGACGAAGCACCACAUGAGUCUAUGCUUAUCAUCGACGAAGCACCACAUGAGUCUAUGCUUAUCAUCGACGAAGCACCACAUGAGUCUAUGCUUAUCAUCGACGAAACACCACAUGAGUCUAUGCUUAUCAUCGACGAAGCACCACAUGAAUCUAUGCUUAUCAUCGACGAAGCACCACAUGAAUCUAUGCUUAUCAUCGACGAAGCACCACACGAGUCUAUGCUUAUCAUCGACGAAGAAAGCAUCAUUAGAGGAGAGAGUGUUUAG